AUGGUUAGUAUACGAGAGCGGGAUGUGGUGGCCUUGUCCCAGAGCAACAUCACAGUUAAAGGAUUUGUACUUGCUUUACAACUGGUCAUGGUUGAAACUGUCCUUGCUCUUACUGAAGUUGUUCAGGAAAGCUGUUCCUCUUCGGAAGCUGAUAGUGAAGAUGAGGUUUUUAAUCCCAGUGAUAGAUUUGGGAAGAAACAAACUCUUAAUCCUGCACAUGCACGUUUAGACAAGACAGACAAUGUUCUGGUGCACAGUUUAUUAAUGGAAGACCCUAAACGUCCUAUCGACGAGUCGACUCUAGUUUGGUCUGACGAAGAGCAUGAUGAAAUCGUUGAAAACAUGGUUGAUCUUAUCAAUGUGAAUUAUCAAUUCACUAAUUCUCAUUUUGUUGGCGGAGUUAGCAGAAGUGAAGUGGAUCGUCUGCGAGAAGCUUCCUCAGUAUCUUCGAAGUCGAAGAAACCAAAGAAACCCGCUUCAGUUCCUAAAUCCAAUGAAGCUGGUUAUAUCGCGGAUCUCGUCAUAGAACGAUUGAAGCCGCAGCUCCAAAAUUUUGAUAACAGGAUCAAACACUUCUCUACAAGGGUGGAGCUAAUCAAGGGUAAAGUAAUUGGAAUUGUCAAGUGUGUGUUGUCGAACUUCAAAGAAGGGAUAGGCAGAUCCGUAGAGGCAAUGGUUCCAGAUUUGUGCAAAAACUACGCCGAAGUUGGUCGAGUUCCAGCACCUACCCAUGUUGUUACGGGGAAUGGACCGGCUAUAUCUGCCCACCCAGAGAAGCCCGUUUUAGAUGGUAAUGCGAACACUAUCCUCAACAUCAUUCAGAACAUAAGUGAGUACUCUACACCGCCUUCUUUGCCGCAAAAUAUUCAGGCCGGUAAUAAAACUACGUCGAUCGAACAUGUUGCGAAACCCGGAUGUGCUAAUUCUGAUCCAGCUACGGAUUGCGGUGCUAUGUCAGCCCAUAGUCAGAACCAUAGUCGGCACACUGACAACAUCAUUCCUUUGGAGGAUGUCAAUAUGGUUCCGCCCCACUUCAUCGAGACACCUUCGUUCUCUCUUGGACUUACACAAGAGGAACAGAUCCGAUCCGCGGAACCUUUAACUCGUCAAGAAGUUGCCAAUGUGACCACUCUGUCUGAUAUUAACGUUGGUGAUAACAUGGCGUACCCUCAACCUCCGCGCAAAAGCAAACGUCAGAAGACUGUGCCUCUAGCCCUUGUACAGGAUUACUUAUGUGGUCUUCGUAUCGACUCCCGAUUGCGUCGUCCACGGGAGUCGGUGUUUGUAUCCUACGAGAAAAGGGAGAUAGAGAGGAAAAUCAAUGUUCUUUCAGAGAAAUUUUCCGGAAAUGUUGUUAUCAAUGUUGGUGGUCAAGCUGUUUCCUCAAAAGAAAUACUUCUCAUGGCCGAGAGAUCACGGCUAUACCCUGGAAAUAUGUUGCCAUAUCUGGCAAAAUAUUUUGGUAAAGAAAUGGGAGAGCAACGUGUUAUGCCUUAUAAGUUUAGUCGACCAAAGCAUUUAUCUCCCGAAACUGUUGCUGAUGAAGGAAAGAGUGCUGCUAUAAUGGUUUUGGAGUGGAAAGAGAAGUUUUACACUGUUAUCUGA